UUUCUUUGUUUUAACUUGAUGAAUUAUUAGAGAGUUUGAGAAGAUCAUAUACAACAGUGCAUUAAAUGCAAGAGAUUCAAGGAAAGUGGUGAUUUUGAGUGCUGCAUGUAUAUGCUUAAUCAUGCAUUUUAUUUUCACUAAUUAAAAACAAUUCAUGUCAUGUUACUAAAAGCUGUGCACAAAGAAAGUUGUGUCUGAUAGCCCAGGGCUAGCAGAUUGUGCACUCAGGUUUGUGGGUUUUGUCCUUUGCUUGCCUGAUUGGCAAGUGAAGUUUUUUAGGACAACCGAAUAAUUUACAGAAGUACAUGUACACUUAACAGAUUACUAAAAUGUUUGGGGGGCAAGUGAGAAAGAUUUUUGGGUACGUGUAGUUCAUCACAGUGACACCUUGCAAAAAGGGCUAGCUUGAAAAUCAGUUUUCUUUGUGCCCUGUUCAAAAGGUGGUCUCCAUGAUGGGCAAUUCAACUGUUCAAUAUUGUACUUUGAUGUCUGCAGGAGUGAAGAAAUCUUCCACCCAACCACACCCACUUUAUUGGAUGAGGAUGGUGGCAUUCUUAACCUUGCUGAGAAUGAAGUGGAUGUGGAUGGAGAAGAUGAAGGAUUAGCAGUUAAUCAAAGUUACGAUGACGGCAUGAAUAUGCAAGAUGAUGCUGUUAUAGGUGAUGAGUUGGACGAUGUGGAAAUUCCAGUUCAAUAUGAAAGCAGUGGAGUAGUUCAAGAAGAUACUAAUGCAGGAACUAAGGAAGUGCAGCAAGAAGAAAAUACUGCAAAAGAUUUUGAAGUUAGUGUAGUUAAAACAUCUUUUUCUACACAUGAUGUGGAAGAUGCAAAGACAGAGGGAACAGAAGGGGAAGAAGACUCCCCAAUAAACAGGAUCCACUCUGAGAUUCUUGAAUUGACAAAAAGAAUCAGCAGGCCUGAGGCAGGUAUACUGAACUUGAUCAGAGCAACUGAGGAAGCUGAGAACGAAGCUAAGAGGCAACAAGAGGUGGCAGCAGCUGCAUUAUCUCCAUCAAAAGAAAGUUUGUUACUUUGGGCUAUGGCAGGGCAUGGCAGUGGAGACUUCUCUAUUCAGGGAGCAUUUCGUGGGCUGUCUCCUCUUGACCUGAAGCAAAUGUCCACUAGUCCCUAUGUGUCCAAAACUCCUGCUGUCAUUAGAAAGGCUACAUUGCAGAGUGAUGAAGGAGGUAAAGCUUCUGUUGGUGAUAAGGAAAGUCUGGACACAAGCCCAAAGAAAGACAAAGCAAUUACAAUGAACAGUGAGAUGGGUGCUUCUGGUGACGUCAGUGUUAAACCACAAACAGCAGAAGAACUGCCGCAGACUGGCAAAGGAACAGAAACUAGGAAGAGUGAAAUGACUGACAGAGAUAUGCUAGCAUCUCAGUCUGUUACACUUUCAACAAGACAAGGGCUUGCGAGUCAAAAGACCAUGAUGACAAAUGAACAGGCUAUGGAGUGCCUUUUGUUGCCAUCGGAAGUGGUUCCAGAAGACAUCAUCAGCAUAAAAGGCCAGCAGGUGGAGAUAGCUUCUAAACAGUCUACUGCUCCUGUAAGCAGUACAGGAUUUCCACUUCAAGAGUCAAACAAACAGUGGAUUGAUGUCAAACAGGAUCGGGAGGCGAGUGUCAUGUUUCUGGAUUCAUGGGAAGUAAAGGAAACAGAAAAAGAGAAGAAGCCAGUCAAGACUCACAACAUUCAUCACUUCUGCACCAUGCCCUCCAGAGUAGAGCUUCCUCCCCAUCUUUGCAAGCUCACAAGAGAUGAACAUACACGGGAUAAAUUUUUCCAGGUCACAGGGAAGCAAGGUCCAGAUGUUGACUUCAAGAGUUUGGAAGAAGUGCCUGAAGUGAAUGAAACAGAGGAAGGAGUGAUUGAAGAUGACAAGCCUACAGUCAAGCUGGCUGGGAAAAGUGAAGAGAGACGCUGGUCAGUUGUGGCUCAGAAGAUUCUCAUGGAAGCGUUAGUGGCUGGAGAUUCAGACGAGACACUGAACAGGCUCAAGAAGGCUUCUGAUAGCCUGUUUUCAGCUGAACCAGGUGAAUCUCUGGACAUUGUUGGGGUCAAAGUGGAGCUAAAAGAGGAUACUUCAAGACUUUACUGGACUCCAGCUCCACCUAAAAUGAACAUGGCCCCAGCAACCAUAAAGUCACAGCUAUAACCAGAGUACCAUGGUGCAUCAUUGCUGCAGGAGAGCCUGGGAGCAGAACUGCACACAGUGACGGGACUAGACAGUGAUGAUAAUGAUGAAACAGAGGCUGACUUGGAUGACGAAGACUUGAAGGCCAGGAACA